UCAUUUCGUGUCAAAUUAUUACGUUGACCAAUGAAAAUCAUUUUCAAUCAGAGACGAUUGUUGAUAUUUUGCCUCAAACAGCGCAUUUGGUGAGGUUUGUAAAGAAAAAAAUUUCGGCAUCUGCUGUAAUAUAUAGACACGAUAAAGUUCAGUUUCGAGGGAGUCUACGAUAUUUCGAAUUUAAUGUGAAGAAGAAUGAUCUCAUUUCCAGAUGUCUUGUACCCGUGUAAAACGCAUUUCAAGCCAACCUAAACAUCGCUUCUGGAAAAAUUUAUGGACGUUGAACUUUAGUGCAAACAAACAGGUGGCAGCAGGAACAUUCAGACCUACAUCUCUCGAAGCUAGACAAUGGGCGACCAACUUUGACGCUUUACUCGCUGACGAGUACGGACUGUUGAUAUUUGAAGAUUUUUUAAAAAGUCAGCAUUGCUCAGAAAAUCUGAGCUUUUGGUUGGAUGUUGAAAAAUAUAAGAAAUUGAAAGGAGAAAUGAGGAAUUUUGAGGCCAGACGAAUAUACGAAUCCUAUAUUUCCGAUAAGUCUCCGACUGAGAUCAGUAUCGACUCAAGAGCACGUACUUCCGUGGAAGCGCGGAUGGAUCAGCCAAAUAGAGAUACUUUUGAAGAAGCUCAACAACAGAUUUAUUAUUUAAUGAAAAGAGAUUGUUUACCGAGGUUUUUAAAGUCGAAACAGUACCAACAACUGAGAUGUCUUUAAAAACCUAAAUUUUUGAUUGACGCCUUUUCAUUUCAAGAAAUAUGCGUCUGAUGAAGCUCUAUUUUAUAAAGAUUAAAGUCAUGUUUUUUUUUUCUAUCGAUGAUGCGAAAUCUUAGUGAAGGCAUUUGUAACAUGUAUUAUCAUAGAAAAUCACUCCAUAACUUUUAGAUUAAACUUUUUUUCCACCUGGUCUGUCUGGCACGCAGUAAUCAUAAAUUUUUCACGUUUUUAUUUGAAGAUGUAAGGAAAUCAGUCUUAUUGUAAUAAAUAAUAAAUAUAUCUUAACUAACUAAACAAAUUCUAGCGUUGUAUAAAUUUCGUCCAAUAAACCUUUGGAGCUAAAAAUUCAA